AUGGUGCAAGGACGGCAAAAGUAUCCUAUUCAGUUGCCUCCGAAAUCAAAAAGGACACUGUUGUCAACUGCAGAAUACGAUCCCUUACAAGCUUCUCUUUCCUUCAUUCAAAAUCUCUUCUACAAAGCUAUUAGCGUUCACGGACUUCCUAUGAAGGUCUACUCUAAAAUUCAACUCAGUCUCUCCCGUCGCUACUAUUGUUCCGCCAUUCGGAAGUCUCCGCAUCACCUGCUACCGCCAACUCAAAAAAUAUUUCAUGCCAUCCCUACGUUUGGAGUCCCUUUUUCCGCUACUGUUAGUUCCGCCACCUCGGAAAAUACUCGAUACCGCUCUCAUGUUUCUUUCAUCGCCACUAUUGUUCCGUCAGUUCGAAAUUCUCCGCAUGAACUGCUACCGCCAACUCAAAAGAUAUUUCACGCCAUCUCUAUGUUUGAAGUCCCUUUCGCCGCUACUGUCAGUUCCGCCUCCUCGGAUAAUACUCGAUACCGCUCUCAUGUUUCUUCCAUCGUCACUAUUGUUCCGUCAGUUCGAAAUUCUCCGUAUGACCUGCUACCGUCAACUCAAAAGAUAUUUCACGCCAUCCCUAUGUUUGAAGUCCCUUUCGCCGCUACUGUCAGUUCCGCCGCCGCUACUGUCAGUUCCGCCUCCUCGGAAAAUACUCGAUACCGCUCUCAUGUUGCUGCUGCUGCUGCUGUUCCGCCACCUGCUCCGCCAAUCAAUAUUAUUCAACGAUUCCGUCCUUUACAAACUCCAUGUACCUAUCUGUAG